CCGCGAGGCCACCGUAGCAGCGCGCCCGCAGUCAGUCGUCCAUGAUGGCAGCGGCGCUAGCGGCAGGGCGGUGGCUGGCGGGGAGCGUUCCGCGGGGAUCCUUGGUCCGCAGGUGCGGGUCCGCGGCGGGCUGGGGCGAGCGAGAGCGCUCGUACUGGCGGGCGCUGCGGCGGAGGGUGUUGGGGCCGCCCGCGCCGCCGUUCACCGCCCCCUGCCAGGUGGGAACCCCGGUGCUACGGGCCACCGCCGCCGCGGUGGACCCGCAACAGCUGGGUGGCCCUGAGCUGCAGGAGUUGACGGCAGCGCUGGCCCGCGGCUUGCGGCGGCUGCCGUGCCUGGGGCUGAGCGCGCCGCAGCUGGGGGUACCGCUGCGGGUCUUCGCCGCCGAGCUGUCUGCCGAGCGCUGCUGCCAGUAUCCGCCAGAGCUCCGCCGCGCACACUGCAUCGAGCCCUUCCCACUCCGCGUGCUCAUCAACCCUGCGCUCCGUGUCCUCGACGCCCGUCUCGUCACUGCUCCCGAGGGCUGUGCCAGCCUCAGAGGCUUCUCUGCCUAUGUGCCGCGACACUGGGCUGUCCACGUCUCUGGUGUGGAUGAGCACGGGGAGCCAGUGAGCUGGGAGGCAACAGGCUGGGCUGCCCGCAUCAUCCAGCAUGAGAUGGACCAUCUGGAUGGGGUCCUGUACAUCGACCGCAUGGACACCCACACCUUCACCAACGUCUCCUGGAUGCAGCUCCUGGACUGACACCUGACCACUGGCUGUUCCGUGCCUCUGUCUCACCAGAGCAAGAGCUGUGAUGGGAGCCAUGGGGACUCUUCCAGCAUGGAGACAUGGCCUAGGGGGCCCCCACUCAGCUGUAUUGCACCUAGUAUGCACUGUGAGGACUUGGUGCAGCUCUUGACCCUUCUUAUUCCACACUUCCUGGUUUGGGGUGCCUGGAGCAUGGGAACCCCCAAA